GUACAGUUCAAAGCAAUAUCGAGCCCAGUUCAGACUUGCAAGCUAACUUUCACAAUUUUACUCUGUCGUGAUGGCUUGCGGGAAAAUUUUGGUUACGUUUUUGGCGCUGUUUUCUACGUUUAAUAUCGCAGGUGAGGUUUUUGUUUAUUUUCUUUUCUUUUUGGUUUUCUUCUUUUUUGGUUCUUUUUGUUUUUGGCUUUAUCGCCAUUUGCGUAAGGUACGUUAGCAAGUUCAUUUGCUUCCAGUAUUAGAAGGAGGGGCUAUGCCCUCAAGUAAAAUGGUUCUUUCUGUUUCGCUUUUGUUUUGUUUUGUUUUUUUGUUUUUGUUUUUGGCCUGUUGUAUGUGUAACCGAGCGGCGCGAGCGGUUCAACGCCGCCAACGGCCGGAGGCCAAAGAGCAGUGGCACAACGACAUGAAUCCUUUGGAUGCAAGGAGUGGGCUUAAAUGAAUGUUUAAUACAAAAGAAAAACGAAAACCUAAUUACAAACAAAGGGCAAGCUUAUUUCCGUGACGCCGUGAUAGAAUCAUUACUGGAAAGCUGUUCUGUACAUCGUGAUUGACGUGCACUCCGUCAAACGUAAACUGCCAAAAUCCUCCAUUAUUAUGGGGGUUGGGUGUCUCCAAGGAAACCUGUGGUACAGUCCGCCUGCCAGUGUGAUGUCAGGUCUCGCGUCAGUAACUUUCAAAAUGGCGAGGAAAGUGUUCAUCGAAGAGACGGAUAAAAAUUUCGAUUUUAUCACGGAAGUACUGUUCCGAUUUCUUGGAUUUGGAGAUUUUAAGGCUUCUAUUGCCAUAGACAACUAGACUUAAGUACUUUAUUGGAAUGAAACGUCCAGUGGAGUAAUGAAUUUUAAAGAUUCCUUUCUAUCGUCGAACAAAUUUUACGGGCAAUUAUACCGACCGGUCACACUUUUGCGGGCCAGUGCACAGCUAGAUUGAGGAGUUUAGACACAGCAAUAGGAGGUUCAUCAAAGGAUGUAUUAUACUUUACAUUGUGCGCAUUUUCAGCUCUUCAGAGCUAGUGGAACCCCAUAUCAUUCCUAUCAAAGUUUGCUUAGCUGUAGCGUUGAAACAGGAAGCUAAGUGACAGGUAUUUGUGAGAGACUGUGAGCAUUGAAUCUGGCUUUACCGCACUUUGAUACUGCAUUAAGUAUAGAGUGUUUUCACUCACGUGGCCAGCAUCUAUGCAAAUUUAUUGGAACCAAAGAAAGCGUUUGCAUAAGAAGAGUUCAACUCCCAGAGGUCUGGUUUGGGACACCAACAUGGCGGCCGUUUCAUUGUUUUGGGACACCAAUAUGGCCGCCGUGACGUCACGUGAAAAGACUCUAUACACCUGUAAUUCUGUAAUUAAAUCCCGAAAACCAAUGAAAGGUUUCGUUUAAUUAUUUUUUGGGGGCAACUGACUCAGUGCAGGUUUUAGGGUAAUAAUAUUGAUGUUUAAGACGAUGUACAAAGGCACUGGUUUAACUUUCGCCAGUGGGUCACUGGUGAGUGUUGGGUGUAAAUUAGUACAGUUUGUGGUGUACUGUGUGUUGUUUGUCAUGAUGUCAACUAACAUUGAAAAAAAUUCAGCUGUUCCAGUGGAGGGACAUGUCUUGACAUCUUAUGAUUUUUUUUUCUGGUCGUAAGCUUGCCCAGUAUGCAGAUCAAGAGCUUUUGUAAUCCCUUUUCCAAAAUAAAACUCCGGACUUAAGCUUAAAUAUAUAUAUUGGUCCAAGUGCAUGGCCAGCAGGGUCAGCAGUAAGAAUAAAUUUAUUCUUACUGCUGACCCUGCUGGCCAUGAAUCCGUAAAUGGAAACUUAACGUAAACACGUAAAACCGUUGCGGAAACAUGACGGUAAUCACAUGUUUCCGUUAGCGGAUACAUUACGUUUACCCGUGUUUCCGUCGCUGCGCUUUCGGCGGAAACGUACCACUUUUUUAUACGUUUCCGUCAAAUUUCCGUCUAAGGAAACACGUGUUUCCGGAAGCAUAAAUGCGUGGCAUCCUUGCGGAAACACGCGAAAACGUUCCGGAAACAAGUCAAUUUCAUGUUUCCGUUAACGUAAUCGGAUGUAACUAUUGCGGAAACACGAGUUUACGAGUCGGAAACUGGUGUUUUCAAGUUAUUCCCAUCGUGGAAAAAGCGCUUUUCACCAUGCUGGGGUAGUUUUCGCGCCAUCUAUAGUAACAAAAACCCAUUCUCUCGACAUUUUUAUUGCACAAAAUAAUACCAAAGCAAUCUUUCCAAGUACUUUCUUUAUUCACCUUGCUUCCUAAAUUGACAAUCAGGUCUUCUUAUGGUAUUUAUUUAUUACAUUGCUUAAGUUCAAUUACAUUUUAAGUGUGAGUGCCUAUUCACACUAGCAAUGAACAAGAAUAUUUAGAGGCUUCCUUUAAGAAAUCCACUAGACAUUUUCUGUAGGACAACGUAGUUUUUUUUUUUGGCAAAGAAAAUGUCAAAUCUGUUAACAAAUUAAUAUCCUUUAUAGCAGAUAGUGAUAAACACUUUCAUGUGCAGCUUAUGGCUAGUGAUAGUUUUGGUUGUCUAUAAUAUUUCAACAAAGUGGAAUAUGAUUUGUCGGGUGACUGUACAUUGUAGUCCUGAGUAGGACUCUUGUUGAGAGCGACUAACGUUUUGACAUCAAGGUGAUCAUCAUUUUCAUGGGCAUUGUCAAAACAUCAGUUCCUGUCAACAGUCCCACUUAGUACUAUACUAACCUGUAUGAUCAUAUACCACUUACUCAUAUGACCAUUCUGCUUCAGGAUAAUAUUAUAUUGUGUCAGGAAUAUUCUUACUCUUCUGACAUGGUGGUCUAAACUACACAAUUUUCUAUGACCAGUGCAAAGAUUCAAAUGCAAAAAAAUACAUCAACAAAAAAAGUAUGGCUACAGUUUUACAUAAUACAAGUCUGCUAAAACCGUUUAUGUGUUUCAUGUAUACAUUUUAGGUCACUUCUAUGCUGAAGUCAUUACUUAGUGUCUUUACCCAAUACACAAAAUGCUCGACUUGUAUAGUUAUGAAGAAGAUACAUGCAUCAAGCCAAUUUCAUCAGGAAACACAAACCAUAAUAAUUCUUGGUGAUUUACGCAGUCAUAGCAUUAUUUUAAGCGUGAAAAAGUUGGCAAAGUUUCAAUCCAUGAUCAUCUUUGUCAUACAUAGCAAGAGCUGAUGGGAAACAGUCCCAAUGCCUCAAUUAAAACUGGACCAUUAUUUUUGAAACUUAAUUUACGCCAAGACACAUUUAAGCCUCUCAAAGAACAAAACAUAGCACAAGCUACCCCUUUUAAAGCAACAUAAAAUGCCUUUCUGGAAAAGAUGUUCACAAAGUUCUGAUAAUUAUUAUUGUUAAAAAUGAUUAUGCAUUAUUGACCAACAUUCGGUCAAGAUGGCUUGAUAUUGGCCAAGCUCUUUUUUGCGAGGCCAGUACCCAGCUAUCUUCACCAAACAAGCUUGAUUGGUUUGCCCACUUGAGCAGCCAAUUAGAACACAGGAUUUGCUUUAUCUUGCCCGCUCACGGAUUCAAAUAUAAAAUUGUAAUAAAUAAUUAUGCUUUAUUGACCGGGUGUGAGGUUAAGACGGCUGAAUAUUUGUGCCUUUAUUGACCCUGCCUUCCUCUUGCAAGGCUGUGCUCUAAGAAAAAUUGAAGGCAGCCCAGCACUCUGAACUUGUGAAAUCCAGUGUGCCCAGCAAAUGAUUUCUGUGAAAAAGCAAAGAUUUUCUAGUCGCCCGAGAACAAAAGUUACAGAUGCAGGCGCCACGGGCCACAGAGCACAGCCUGGUCUUGGUCAAUAAAAAUGCAAAACUGAAUGAGGCCAAUAUUCAGCCAUCUUGAACGAACAAGCUUGGUCAAUAAAAUAAUGAAUUAUUACAUGGCCAAGAAGAGAACUUUUAUGUGCAUGACCAACGCACGAAAUCCCAAGUGGGAAAAAUGGGCUCAUCUUGCCUGCUUGGGUAGCCAAUUAAAAUGUAAGGUCCGCUUCAUCUUGCCCACUUGAGGUAGCAGUUGGACAUUUUUUGUCUUUAGCAUGGAAGUAGUACCGGUAUUUCAAGAUUAACAUUUGCAGAACUUGACUAAGCAUAAAGCACAGUAACUUGAGACUGAAAUUAAGUUCCAUGAUCCAGCCUGCUUGCUUUGAGAGAACGUUCCGCACCAACAUCACAUACCAAGGUGAUCUGCCUGUUGUAUGAAAAACAAAACAAAGUGCUAUUUAAGUAAAACACAGAGGCUAUACCCUAGGUUAUCGGGGGGAUGGAAAACCUUUUAGCAGUAAGAUAACUAAACUUUACUAAUGAGAUUAAAACAUACGAAAUGAGUAAUACAUGUAUACAUAUAACUUACUGACCGCUUACUUUGACAACUCAGCCGUCUACUUCCAAACUCUCUGACAACCAUGAUUCAUCACAUUACAUUUACAUACAUACAGUUGUGUUUCAUAGUAAUAGCUAGUACAUUAUGUUGCCUGUAACCUGCAACUUUAAGACUGUGGACCAGGGGUUACAUGUAAAUGUAAACAGAGGCUGUCUAUGAUUCCCAGUACCAGUAACAAAAAGCCUCUUUUUCAAGGGCACAACCUCCCUCAGGUUGCACAUUAUCAUCUACACGUAUAGGGUAAAUACCAGGGAAGGCAGGGGAAAGUAACAAGGUCUGGGUGCAAGAAAUGAUGUUCUCACAACUUGUAAAGCGAUCACCCUGGUGGGCUACAGAUAAUUUAUUGCAGUAAAUGUAUACUUCUGGUGUACAAUGUAUUACACAAAACAAAAUCCCCAUCAAACUCCCCUGAACAAAACAGUUUGGCUAUCAAACAAUAUCAAACCAGCUUUUUUGAGAGUUUGAUGCCUGAACAAAAUCGAAACAAACCAAAAUAAUAUUAUUAUAUUGGAAAAAAAAUCAAAUGUGAAAACUGAGUCAACUCAACAAGCCAAGGAAAUCUGACAAGUGCUGGAUUCAGAAUAUGCUACAAUUGAGGCCAGUUAAGGAGUGAGGAGUAAUAAUUGACACGAUUCCCAAGAUGAUUUCAACUUGCAGAUUUAAAAACUUUUUUCCUUGGUAAACAAAAUAAAUGUAUUGACAUUUUCACAGAAAAUGUUUAUUUUAGAAUUUAACUCUGAAAUGGAAAUAACAAAAGAAGCAGGACUUUACAUCGAAUUGACUGCUUUCACACUAGAUCAAUAAUUAAAACACUUGCCAUCAAUUGCUUGGAACUGAAACUUUUGAUUUUGUUCCUUUCGAGUAUUCCUUAUGUGAGUUCUACUUUGUUCGAUAACCCAACUCAAUGUUUGACUGACUUCAAAAAUCAAAUGAUCUAUUCAAUUUUUUCUUGUGAGUGGGUUUUGGUGAAUGGCUGAGUUGCAUCAAACUCUUUCGAAUGAAAGAGUUUGAUCUAGUUUGAAAGCCAAACAUUCACUGUGAUAUGCUGGAUAUACAUGUACAUGUAUUUCCUAAAGUAAAUAUUUUAGCAGUGAGAGGCAAACCGACAGUUAAUAAGUCAAUAAUUGACAAAAAUAUCAUGCCUCUUUGUUUUUCUCACAUGUUGUAAUAAUAUUGUUUCUUGGUAUUCAAGUUGCAAGGGAAACUAAAAAACAAGUGACAGUCACCACAACCAUGUAACGUCUUAACUGACAACAAUGUACCCUGAGCUAUGAGUGUGGAUAUCAGAUUACUAUAGUUAUGACGCUGAUAAAAAACACUGGAGAAAGUGUCAAAUUUAGUCGAACUAAGUCUACUAUUCUAUAGAGCUUAUAAAUACAAGCUUAUAAUUUUGAAUAAACAAAUUCACUUCUCAGCAUUUCACUCUGUUUGUUACAGUCAGUUCAACAACUUAAAGUCAGAGUUAAAAUUCAAUAAACCAAGUAAACAAAGCAAAACUAUUCCUGAAAGCUCAGUUCCUUGAAUUAUAAUUGAAAUGACUUUAAAGUGCCCGUGUCACAGUUGUGUAGUAAACUGUUGUUCACUUUGUCUAUAUUGCCAAUAAUGUGUCCUUGUGCUGUAAUAUGCUGUCUGAAAAGUGGCAUUAUAUCAAUACACUUGUGAAUAACCAAAAUACAAUAAAGAGAAAUUGUCCCACCUUCAAUUUCCCUUUUUCAGUUUUUACAAUGUAUAUCAAAACCACCAAUCUUUGGUUAUUCAAAGAAUGGUCAGUAAACAAAUCUGCUGGUUGCUUUGCAAGUUGUGGGAAUGUUGUUUGGAUUUCAAGAGAACUUACCGUAUUUAAGGAGUACCCCCCUUCCCCCUGGUCAAUAUGCUUGCAUAGGGUAAUACAGGAUACAUAAAAGUGGUUUUACUAGUUUAACUCCACUGCUGGUUUUGCUGUCCACUGAAAGGAAGACUUAAAGGGGCUGUGUCAUAUUAUUUAGUAUUGUCUGGAUCACUCUGUUACAGUCAAUUUCACAUUAUUUACCACGCCACAUUGCAGAGUUCGUUGGGAAAUUGGGUAGCCAAUUACAUAGCAAGUUAGGGAAUCAAAUUGCAAACUUCAAGACAUAGUUGUCAACUUUGGUGUGACUGAACUUCAAAAGUUUGCUCAACAGUAACUUCACUUCCCAGUUGUUUUAAUCACUGAGCUCUUGUCAAAGAAGUGCUUAUUCCUGGGAUCACAUAGUAAGCGAAAACAUCCGUUUCUCCUCGCUCUUCGCCGCUGAGGACAUUUCGCAAGGAGGAACGUCUGCGACUCAGCGACAGAAAUUCCCUACUGAUGACGUAAAAUCUGUCCGGAAUCCAGUCAGAAGCGCUGAUUGGUCAACGCAGUAGUUACAUUGUUUUAGCUAUUGUUUACUAAUGACAGACAAAAGACAAAAGGCCACAAAGGUCAAAUGUAAGCGCGAAGAAUCUCUAACAAAACAGUCAAUAUUUGUGCAAUAUAGUCUUGUCUAGAAGACGCAUUUGAGUUUUGCUGGAGCUCGCUGGCAGAUGAACACAACACUUUACCAAAACCGACCAGAAGACACAUAAAACUGGACAAAUUUAUAUUUGGAACCCUAUGACUACUGGAUUUAUUAUGUAAACAUUGAUUUGCGUCAUCAGUAUGGAAUUUCUCCACUGAGUUGCAGACGUUCCUCCAUGCAAAACGUCCCCAGCAGCGAAGAGCAAGGAGAAACGGAUGUUUUCGCAGGCUAGGGAUCACAGUUACUGAAAAAGAAAAAAAUUUUCUUCAACUUUUUCUUGAGCGUUCUCAGUCGAGCAUUAUAUUCUUAUUAUAAGCUCCUUUUUGGAACUAUUGUCAACUUUUUUGCACAAGUAACCCAAAUCACGUGUCAAUACAUGACUUAUCGAACCUUUGCAUGUCAACUACCUGAUUUUCGAUUAAAAUUUGUAUUUCUGUAGCACACAAACUUGGUCUGCUGUUUACCCAACUCUGUGUAGGGGCUUCCUGGAUGUACGAACCGAUCAACAAUAUUUGUUAUGGUCUUUCUCAGUAAAUUAAACUGGAGCACUAUUUGGAAUGGUUUUGAACCCCAGUGAUUUUGUUACUUCUGCAUCUUGUGUCCCUUACACAUAAAAUUCCCCAAAGACGCAAAAUAAUAAUUUCAUGGCAUGCGUUCUGUAGGAUGCAAAGGAUGAUCGAUCGAUUUGAAGAUUUUUUGGUAGAAUAUCCUUUUUGUGUGAUUUCUGUAACUGUUGUACAACAACAACAACAACAACAACAUCUUUAUUUCUUACAUUAAAUAUACAAAUAUCACACCACCUGCAAAUAGCAAGGCUAAUCGAGGCAGGUGGUGUGUAGACGGCUUAAGAUUUAUUACGAAUAGUUGAAGUGAAAAAGUUGUUUAAAGACGUAUACUUAUUUUAGUCUUUUUGUGUUUUAAAUAUAUAGAAGGACUUUAGUCUGAUUUCAGUAAACUGUAAUUAAGAGUUUUGGUGUCUGUCUCCAGAUUAACUGUCUGGUUAAAAGGCCCAUACCAAGCAUUUUCAAUUAAGGACUCCUUGUUUUCUAACUGCGACUCACUGGAUAUGGACAGGGACUCUUGACUAUUCACAAGAUGAGUCCCAGGACUCACCAUAUACACUAUUUGUAACAAAAUCACUGGAACCAUCUAACCAUUUUUCUACAAUCAUUUCACAGACCUCACAGAGCAGCACCUUGCCCUGAUUAGUAAAAGGAUUCAGGUUUAUUAUGUUGCAGUUUCCUGCUUGGGAAAUUACUGUACUUAUCAAUCACAGCUUUGUGUCAACAAAUAUGACUUCCAAGCAUUAUAUCAAAUGUUACAGACCACAAAAAUGAAAUAUGGAAAACUGUUAAGCUUACCUCGUCUUACUAUCUGUAUUCUCCGUCACAAUCCUCCGCCUUGGAUAGCCUUAGCACGGUAAAACACUCCAACUUUUAAAUCAUACUUGCGCAUCACGAGGUUUUUGUCUCACGUUCUUCAGAACAUGGGAAGCGAUCGAUUGCUGAAGGCCGAUCUGUCGCAUAUACAUAACAACCCUUAGAUGUCUUGUGGCGUCAUCAGAAAGCAAAAAUAUACCGAUUCCACACUCCUAGAACCUACCGAAGCUGGCAAAUUUGAAGCCGUUGCAAGCAAUUUCAAAAUGGACGCCAAAAAGAACGACCGCAUUGAGCAUGAGCAAAAGAAAAGUCCGCUGACCAGCACUUCGCUCUGUUCUAGGCCCCAUUCUCUCUUGUUUUCUCCGUCCAAGAGCAUUUUAUUUUUACGCCGGUACUGAUUGACAUCAAUCUGGCAAAUAUCGAAAGCUGUUAGUAAGCUCUGCGAUUUUUAUCACUUAGAAUCGAAAGCAAUGACAACCUCGCACACUUCACAGUCUUUGCAUUAUCGCAACGCGCGCGAGUAAUACAUUAGAACCGUUUAAUGGCCCGAUCUGGAGAGUAAAUUUACCUUUAUUCACCUUGAUUGUACGCAAAGGAAAAGUUUCAGAAACAUUGAUCCUGCGAUUUUGGACAUGGGUUAAGAAACCUGAAACGUAACGGAAACAAGAAAGAACGGAAAUGUGAUAACAGAAAUGUGGCGGAAACAUGAUCGUUCGUUUCCGACGCGGAAACAUGACGGAAACGCGUCCCGUCCAUGGAAAACUAGAUCACCAUAUUUCCGCAGCGCGGAAACGUGACGGAUAUAACCAACUUCCCGUUUCCGUCGAGUUUACAAAAUACGGAAACACGUUAUUUCGUCCUGUGAAAGAAAAAAAGGCCAAAAGAAAAAAAAGUGUUAAAAAAAACAGAUAACAGCGUCGCCGGGAGUCGAACCCGGUUUAUCUGCACGUUGAAGUAACUACUUGACCACUGCACCACAGUGACACACAUGAUUAGAAAAAUUAAUUUUGUCAUAUCAAAACAAUUUUUCUCUGCCAUAGAUGCUGUUUGAAGCUUGUGGAUCUGUAUUUAUCAUGAAUUCUAUACAUUUGAGGAAAAUUAGCAGCUUAAGCGCGUAUUUCAAAGCUAUUUCGCAUUAUUUCGGGUUCAACGGGCCGACUUGAUGUAGAUAAUCGAUCGAACUAGCUUUACUGGAUUUGGUGGAGAAUUAGGAGAUCAACAGAGGCUUACACUCGAAAGGAAUUAUAUGAAGUUAGGCCCGUUUAAUUAACAAAAGAAUAGAUGAAACAUAAACAUGUGUGAUCUGUGAAUAGAACCUCCUAUUUUGGAGACUAGAGCUUGCUUAUUUUAGAGAAAAAAAAAAUUAAGUUUUGAUGACCUUGCCGGUCCCGUGAAAUAGAUGGCGAUCCCGCAACAUGGCCGGCAAAACAAAUUAACAAAGUUAUACGAUCAGGGACACAAAAUAUCAAAACAGUUUACAGAAGCAGAUUAUAGCAACACCAAAGCUCACACACAUUCGAUCAAAUAAGUGAUACAUAGCGAUAUUUGCUAGCUCCUUAGCUUUUCCUCGACCUCGCUCGUCCAAAUAACUGUCGUAUCCCUUGCUAAUUUGCACAAGCGACCCGAGGCUCUUGCCCGUUACAAUGGGCGCUUUCCAUUUAGGAAAAAAACCCGGAAAUUUCGGUGGUAGCAAAAGUGGAAUUUCCGAUUGGUAAAAAGUUGUUCCAUUUGGUCGUAAACCCCGGUACGUGGCGGUGCCCGACCGUGGGCCUGGAACUGGUACAAACUACGAGAAACGUUAAUGGAACACGACAUUCCGUGCGGAAAUUCCAGCCGGGAAAACGGGACCUCCUUUUUAGAUUUUCCACUUUUUCUGGGAAUUUUCCAGUGGGACGAACCGACGAAAGGUGUUCCAUUUACCUCCGAACCGGAAAUUCCGGAAAUUUUGACUAAAUGGAAAGCGCCCAAUGUGACGUCAUACUGGCAGGCGGAGUGGGUCAAGAAACUUUGUUGGAAAACAAUAGAGUUACCUACCCCCCCCCCCCCUUGUGGUGGCCUGAUGUAAUGAGUCUUCACACUUAAGUGCGCGCUCAGAUACAUUUGGCUUCAGUUGACUUCCCUAAGGAAUUUAUAGCCGCGCGCGCGCAGAGAUUACAGCAAGACGUGGCCGAGAUCAAAGGUCAAUAGUUACACUAAAGAAAUCAUUGCCGCCACUUCUCACGAAUCCGACAAAAUUCUUGCUUUGUGGAAGCAGUAAUUUUCUACGUACCACGCUGAACCAGAACAAGAAGUUUUUACCAACCCCAAGGAGGAAGAAUAUGACAGUGAAAGUGAACGUCAACAUCCUGUGGAAGAUGAUGACAAUACUCUUACAUUUAUAACUGGCAGUAACGUAAAACAUGUAACAACGCAUAGUGGGCGAGCUGUGCGAGUAAAGUUCUUAAAACUCUAGUUAACUCUCUUGAAGCACUCUGUUUUACAAAAUAGGGCCAACGUAACGCUUUUGAUAUUUUGUACGACCUCUAUUUCCGAGAAGCGUGAAAACGUAAAUAUUUGUUUCGUGACUCGUGAAACGUAAAAUUGUUUUUCGUGAACUCGUGACGAGACAAACUCUUGCCCACCCCCCUCCCUCCUUCCCUUUUAAGGAUAAGGAAACUGACAGUAUCAACAGGAAGCUCACGGAAAGCUGUUUGUUCAUUCAGAAACUCAAACCACCAAAAGACUUCAACACGUCUGUUUUAAACGGGCUUGGCGAUUUAGCCUUUUAGACGAAAAAAAUGUAUUAUCCAUCAAUGAGUAUUAGGUACGUUCCUUUGAUUUAAUUACUCAUACUUUGUAAGUAGGUUGAUCAUGAUCGUCCAGGUGGACGUAGCCCUUAACAGGACUGUUGUUGACAGUGACCGACACUUUGACAACCUGUCUGGCGUUAGUCAUUUUCAGAGUGAAAGUGAGUUCUAUCACGUUAGUUAUAAACUCUAAUUAUUGACCGGAUUGGUCAGUUAAGUCGCGAUGUUAUUGGUCGUCUGUCAUUAAGUCGUGAUGUUAUUGGCUAUUUAGACUCGUAAUGUUAUUGGUGCGUUGUUAUUCAAAUUGCCGGUUGUCCGGUCAUUCUCUCGUAGUUAGUUAGCAUACUUUGAGCAUCAAGAAGGCACGUUACGUCGGCAGUCGCCAUUACAAAAAUUACAAGUAGAAUCCGAAAUUUGUUUCUAAAAAAGCAUUGUAAAACGUUAUUGCCUUAAACACAGAGAGGGAACCUAUUCACCCUUUUCUUAUAGUAUGCAUAGCCGUCUCUCCUUAGCACGCUCCUCGCCGCUGGUGAGUCUUUUCACGAGAGACAUGAUGUCGUAUUGUCCCGCGAGACGUACCUAGCGGACAGGAGCGAGGAGAGACAGCUGUAUUCGCAAGCUACAAUUUUAUUCAAUCUUUGUUCAAUAGAUGCCACAUCAGAAGAAAAAUUGAUAUUGAAGGUCUACAAUCCGGACUUCCAUACUUCAGAUGAAGAGAUGAUGGCUAGGUUAAAGGAGGCAAACCUCGAGAGUCAUGGCUACAAAAAAGAGCAGACAACGAAGCUAGUGAGCGAGCCCGGAAGCGCCCAACCUGUCUACGAAAAAAAGUUCUUCUUCUACAAGAUAGUAGAUUGCUCAAGACUGCGGGAGAUUGUACGAGAAUUAGAGACCUUGAUGCCUGGUAAAUAUCUCAUUUAUUUUUUCAGUCAGGGACUUUUGGAAUCAAGUCUAACCCAAAAGAUGUAAAAACAAUAACACGGUAAAAUACAUAUGAACAACCCUAAAGAAAACACGGGUUGUCCUGUUGACUAGGGUUACUGACAAACUGUCACGCUAUGUAGGCUAUCUCAGCGCUUUAAAAAAGCAGUUACAGAGCCGACUGAGAUAUCUCUGAAAAAUUGAUUUAGUCUGCCAAAAGAACACAAGAGAAAUACACACAAGCCAAAAGUGUAGUAGGAAACUUGGGGGAACAGUAAUCCUCUACAAUGAACUCAAACCUUUUGUGUCUUUAAACUAUUUUAAUGUAGAUUACUUGUUGCUCAACUUUUCACAAUCAAGGAUAGCAGUAUCUCUCUGACAAGACCUAGUUACAGCUCUUUUUAUCCUGACUGAAUCUGAAGGCUGCCAAUCUUACUCAACUUAAAAUAAUCUUACAUCAGUAAAAAUUCGAUUGGCUAUGAGAAUUAUUAACAUAUUUUCCUUCGAGGUUGUGUCGUAAUAGGAAAAUCAGUUAAAACUCCAAAAUUCACUUUUGUCCAACAAUUGUCCGGUCAAAACAAAACAGUCAGAGAGACACAAAAAUUACAAAGAAUGUUUACAUGAAUGAAAAUCACAUAUGUACAAUAUCGUUACUCUAAAAUGUACAAUUUGUCAAUUCGCGUACUGUGCUUAAGUUGUCGUUUAAAAGCUUCUUGUUGGAAUAUCGUACAAUGGUAAUUAGUCCCGCCUUUUUAAAUAUAUUAACUAAAAGAUUGUUUACAAAUCUCUAAUCAAAAAUCAAUUAGCAAGAUAUUUACAUUGCGAAAGCCUUUAAACAAAGAUAUCACUCGUUACAACUUUUAGCAAGUAAAUUGAACUAGGCAGUAACAAAAGCUGUUUAUCACAACGAGUUAACUAAGAUAGUCUGUUGGACAAGGUUUUCUUUUGGAAGCGCACUGAAGUUCGAUCAAACCACUAAAUACGCGAAAGAGAGUAAAAAUAGGAAUGUCCAGGAAAAACAACUUGGUAAGGUCAAGCUUCUGAAGAUUUAGGAAAAACUAGUUAAGCCAAUUAAUGUAAGAAAACAAACAAAUGUCGUUAAAUUUACCAGAACUAAUUAGAUUAAGAACCUCUGUGUGGGUUCAGUUUAAACAAAAAGCAUCAUUUCUUAAUUGAAUAGUGGCACGUGCGCAAAGAAAACCGACGUCCAAAAGAGCAUCUUUACAGAGAAAGGCCAAACCUUAUUAACGAAAAACAAAUAGCUUUUGUAAGCCCAGUACAUUCUAGUAGAACGUAUUUAUAUAACAAUUCAAAACACUCUACUUAGUGAUAAUAAUAAUAAAAAUAUUUUAAAAAUAGCAAUGCUUGAUGAUUCAUUAACGUUCCUUAUUCGAUAAAGGUAUUUUCAUUUUGGUAUUAACUUAUACCCAAAAAUAUCGUUUUACAAAAGGGACACGCAUGGGCAAACUUGAAACACGGCGACCCGCAUUUUUCAAUUUUGCCUCAAACUGGAAUGAUCAUGAGUUGGCGCUGACUUUGAACGCUUUGAAAUCACAUAGAUUUAUAUCAUGAAAGAUAUGACCGCGCCAGUAUAUUAUUAAAGACUGGGGAUUAUCCGUUCUGGGACAAAGUUAAGUUUAUUGACCGAGCCCUUUUUACGUAAGACUUCACCCUAACGACAUAAACAGGGACAGUGGAAUUGAGAUUCUGAAGCUUGGAGUGCUUACAGUGAGACAACAUAACAACUUAUCUCUAUCACAAUUUGAAGCCAAAGGCUCGUACGUAGGUCGCCACGUAGGUCUGUGUAAACUAAAAGAGGUAAUACAUUAAACACAACCUUACUAGACCUAUUUAUUCGCCCCAUGUGACCGUAAUCGGGAUUCGGGAAUCCGGGAAACCUUUUUUACUUGUGGAAUCUGGAAUACUGGGCUUUGGAACUGACAAUCCAGCUCAAGGAAUCCAGAAUCACGCUAACCAGUGGAAUCCGAAAUAGAAGUUCCACAGACAAAGAAUCCGUACCAGUACCUGGAAUCCGUAAUCCACAGCUUGAAAAGAUAAUGGAAGACGGCGUGGAAACCAGAAUCCAAGGCUGUUUUGGAUUUCCUUACAUAGGGCAAAAUUAUUAUAUUGAAUGUUUUGUUUUUACUUCUUUUAGAAACUUAUACUGUGGAAAUGGAUGAGAAGAUUAACAGUGAUAUUAAUCUGAGGGGCGUGGUUAACAUGAAGAGCUGCAAGGUGGGAUUGGAGGUGCAUUUCAAAGAGGGCAGGUCUUGUACUGAGGCAACCAAUGCCCCUGGUCGAAAGAGACGUCGAGCAAUGGCCUGCUGGUGGUGUGUUUAUUGCUAUAGUAUUGAAGCAAGAAGCUGAGAAAGGAUCUUCUCAACACGUCCUCAAAGCCGCAGCACGAGGCUUAAAAGGCCUACAUUUCACGUAAUGUUGUAAUUUGUUGCCGUCAAAUAUUUUUGUAACUUGGCCGCCCUAGAGUUUUGAUCAAUAAUAAAUAAACGCC